AGAUAGGAAACCGGCAACCUCGCCAAACCGCGUAGCAACGUUUCCCGCGCUUCGGUGCACCCAAAGCAGCCAAUAAGGGUUAGAGGCGGAGUUUGGGUGGGGUUGCCGAACCGCCGAUGCGAGGAGGGGAGUAUUGCCUCGGGCUCUGCGCGUAUCGCGCUUUAGCUGGGCUCCCUGAUGGAGCGUCGCCGGUGCCGGAGGGCAGUGCAAGGCCUGUUGCGGAGCUGUUACGCUGAAGUGCUGCCACUGGAAGGCUUUGUCCGGCGCCUGCAAGCUCAGGCCGAGAGCCAUCCAGAGCCGCUGGUGAAGGAAGACGACCUCAAGUGUUACCGCAGCCUAGUGGACCACUGCCUGGUGGGGCGGCCGGCCGGGUGCAAGGCUCCUCCGCUGUUCACCUUCCAGCAGGUUUCCAAUCAUAAUGAUGUUGUUGCAAGAGUCAUUCGGAGAAUUUGUGAAAAGAAGAAAAAGAAUGUCCUGGCAUUUGGCUAUGGCCUGUUGAAUGAGAAUAAUCACCAGCUGCUUUGGAUGCCUAAUAUUUGUAGCCACAUGCCUAAUAAUACAUCGCAAACCAUUCUCCAGAGUGUUCUCUGGGAAAUGGUGCUGAGGAGAGUUGGAGAUGAUGUCAUGAUGUAUCUACUGGAGCACUGUGCUCUCUUUAUGCUUGUGCCUCCCAGCUGUUGUUAUCAAAUCUGUGGCCAACCCAUCUAUGAGCUUGCUUUAAGAAGUGCAACACCCUCUUCUGAGUUCGUUAGGCACAGGUAUCCCAGACAAACACACAGCGUCUUUUCGAGCUACCUGCAAGGAAGGUUUCGGUCUUGUAGGCAAUACGUUGCAAAGGCAAACUGGAGAAAAUGGAACUCUAGAAAGCAAAGAUGGUGCAAAAUACAAGUAGAUUUAGACCGCAACUGUCAGCAAUCUUCAGUAAUUCAAAGAGCUGCUGGACUGAGUCCCACCAUGAACAAAGUGGUUACAAGGCCCAGUGACUACCUAGAGAGCCAGCCAAUCCCCAGUCAGUGUCUGCCGUUAACAGCACCAUUUCUGAAAAGGAAGUGGAAGGGUGGCUGUGAAAUUAGUGCUAAGAGAAUGAAAAUCAUGCACACAGAGGAAGGGCUGGAAAAAGAAACGAGAAUCCCAGUUCCCCCUGAAAGCAAUAAACAAUUGAUUUUGGGUGGUGGUGGUAACACAUUUGGAGGAUGUGUAAGGCUGCAUUCAGAGGAACAGUUAGGUCUUGUGACAACUGUUCUUCAAAAAAGCAAAUGUGGAGCACAAACCUCUGAUUGUACAGCUCUUGAUAAUCAAGAGGGUUUUUUCUGUGGCCGGGCAUUAAAGCUAAGUAGUGAGAGUAAAGCACUCUCUGACUCCAGCAGCAAAACAAAAUCCCACACUUGGGGGCCAAAAGUAGCACCUGGCGCUUCUGAUGCUUGUCCCGGACAGCUGGUGACCGCAGAAAAUGCUGCUGCAGACAGAAGCCUUAAAGCAUGUACAUCUAAGCCAGUUUGGGAGUCUUCCAAUAGAAUUUCUGUUCCUGCUGUUCGGAUUGAGAGGCGCUCUCUCUUGUAUUCUCGCUGGCAGUUGAAAGAACGUCUACCUAAAUCAUUUGUAUUGAAUCGCUUAAAGAGUUAUCCAGCAGGGGGAUGGCGGCUGGUAGAAACCAUAUUCCUGCAUAGUAAGAUUCUGAAGCAGCCUGGCAAUUCAGGUCUUCCAUGUUGCAACAGGAAAAAGAAGUGGCUUCCAAAACGUUACUGGCAGAUGAGAGGCGUGUUCCAAGAACUGUUGCAGAACCAUGCAAAGUGUCCUUACCUGGUGGUGUUAAAAAAGAGUUGUCCCAUUUGGGUUUCUGAGCUGGACAAAAUUGGCCCAGGAGGACUGAGUUAUGAGCAAAAAGGCCAUCAAGAGGGUGAAGGUUUGACAAGGAGGCAGGAGGCUAACACUGCAGAGAAUUGUCCCAGAAGUAUGCCAUGUGGUUUGGGCCCAUUCUCAGAAGCAUCAGGGGUUUCAUACAGGAGCUUUGAAAAAGUUGAGUUGAGUCAAAAAGGAAGUAAAGAGCAACCUCCCCGAGACUCCUCCAGUUCUGACGUCGUCACGUUCCUUAAGCAGCAUAGCAGCCACUGGCAAGUGUACACAUUUGUGAGGGACUGUCUAGAGAGAGUGGUCCCUGCAGCACUCUGGGGUUCUAACCGCAACAAAUGCCGCUUCUACAAGAAUGUGAAACGAUUCAUCUCUCUGGGGAAGUUUGCUACAUUUUCAUUACAAGAGCUGGUGUGGAAAAUGAGAGUCAGUGAUUGUGCUUGGCUUCGUCUGACCAAAGACCAUGGCCGUUUUGUUCCUGCCUCCGAGCAUCGUUUUCGUGAAGAUCUGAUGUCCAAAUUCCUAUAUUGGCUGAUGGAUUCGUAUGUUGCAGAGCUCCUCCGAUCUUUCUUCUAUAUCACAGAGACUAUGUUUCAAAAGAACUUACUUUUUUUCUUCAGAAAGACCAUUUGGAGGAAGUUAGAGAGGAUUGGAGUCAGCUUCCAUUCUAGAAGCCACCUGACCAAAGUGCACCUUCGUACCUUAUUAGAGGAGGAGAUUGAAACUCUGCAGCAGAGGAAGUGUGUUCCCCUGGCAUCAACGCUGCGGUUCAUCCCCAAACCAAAUGGGCUUCGACCUGUAGUCAAGGUGAAUAGUGUGGUAGGAGCUGAAACGUUCUCCAAAACGCUCAGAGACCAAAAGGUUCAGUAUUUCAACAUACAACUUAAAAAUUUAUUUAGUGUCCUAAAUUAUGAGCGAAUAAAGAACCCCAUAUUGCUUGGGUCUUCUGUGUUUGGAAAAGAUGAUAUUUAUGCUGCUUGGAAGAAGUUUAUUUUGAAGGCUCUGGAGUUAAACGGUGAAAUGCCAAGAUUCUACUUUGUGAAGGCUGAUGUCACAGGAGCGUAUGAUACCAUUCCCCAUAACAAAUUGGUAGAAGUGAUUUUGCAAAUGCUUGCUCCAGAUAAAAAGAGCAGUUACAAAAUACGUCGCUAUGCAGUGAUCAUGAAGACCAGAAACGGACUUAUGAGAAGAUACUACAAGAGACACGUAUCUACUUCCGAGGAGUUUAGGCCUGAUAUGAAACAGUUUGUGUGUCAUCUUCAGCAGAGCACCUCACUGCGAAAUGCAGUAAUAGUUGAGCAGAGUCUUUCUUUGAAGGAAAGCAGGUCCAGUCUCUGUGAGUUUUUCUUGCAGUUGAUUCAUAACUCUAUCCUGAAGAUUGAGGAGAGGUACUAUGUCCAAUGCUGUGGAAUCCCCCAGGGCUCCAUUUUGUCCACUCUGCUGUGCAAUCUCUGCUAUGGAGACAUGGAGAACAAGUUGCUGUGUGGUGUGCAAAAAGAUGGGGUACUCAUGCGUUUGACAGAUGACUUUUUGCUUGCCACACCUCAUUUAACAGAAGCAAAAAGAUUUUUGAGGACUCUGGCAAUGGGCAUUCCAGAGUAUGGUUUUGUUAUAAACCCAGCAAAGACAGUAGUGAAUUUUCCGGUUGAUGAAGAUGUCCCAGGAUGUUCAGAUUUCCAACAGUUAUCAGCUCAUAGUGUAAUCCCAUGGUGUGGAUUGUUAAUUGAUACACAGACUCUUGAAAUUUAUUGCGAUUACUCCAGUUACGCCUGUAAAUCUAUCAGGUCAAGCUUGUCUUUCAAGUCCAGCAGCAAAGCUGGUGUGAGCAUGAGAAAUAAACUGCUUGUAGUCCUGCAGCUGAAAUGCCACAGUUUAUUUUUAGAUUUACAGGUCAAUAGCCUUAGGACAGUCUGUGUUAAUAUUUUCAAGAUACUUCUGCUGCAGGCCUACAGGUUUCACGCAUGUGUUCUUCAGCUUCCCUUUAACCACCAAAUUAAAAAUAAUCCUGGUUUCUUCCUGAGGAUAAUCUCUGAUACUGCUUCAUGUUGCUUCUCUGUUUUAAAAGCCAAAAAUGCAGAGAUAGCUUUUUCUCCUGUUGAUGCUUCAGCUCCACUUACUUACGAAGCAGUACAAUGGCUCUCCUGUCAUGCCUUCAGUAUUAAAUUAGCAAAUCACAGAGUUAUUUACAAGUGUCUUCUUCUACCACUCAAACAAUGUAAAAAACGGUUGCUCUGUCAAAUUCCAGAAGCUACCAUGCAGCUGCUGAAGGAAGUGACAGAACCAUCACUGUAUGAAGACUUCAAAGCCAUCCUGGAUUGACUGUUUAUAACCACAUUCUUCUUGAGACUCCACUUUUAGAAUUUCCUAAGUUUUCUAAGCAUGGUCUCGGAAGAUCUUUUGAGAAAUAGCUGGGAACAUAAUAGGUUCUUUCUAAUGUCUUUGCUUUGGUCAGUUAGAGAUGAAAUCUUAAACCUCUUUAGAUAUUUUUUUUUAAAUCAGACAUCAGAUUUGAGCAGACAUCUGUAUCUUUUGACCAUGCAAGGAGAGAGUGGGAAUUAUGGUCCCCUUGUAGGUAAACUGAAAUAUUUUCCCAGUUUUUUUUAAAAAAAAUGUGGAUAAAUUAAUGUCACAUAUCUCAAAUUGUAGUAAUUAGGUACCUGUUGGACUGUUGUCUGUCUCGACACAGGAGUUAUGCUUAGUUCCAUGAAUACAUGAGCUCAAAGCCACAUUUUGAAAAUAUUUUAUUAGCAAAGUAAAUAAUGUAAUGUGCUCCAGUGUUUUUUUUACUGUGUAAAACCUGCAUUUAACCUGGAAUUGGCAGGGGAAAAUAUAUUUUUCUGCAGUUCGAGAAUGGUGAGCUGCCUAUUCUGGUUUCUUGCCUGAACUAAAAAGUGAUUUAUGACUGCAGGUUUCUAUGUUCUGUUUACUAAGCCUGCUGUAAACUUUAGAAAAAUGUGGCCAUGUUGUUUUUUUACAAGAUGGCAUGUUUUUUAUAAUUGUUGAUGUCAGAACCAGGUAGUUUCUCUUAAACCUGAGUAAUCUUGACGUUCUCUAACAUAUUUAAUUAUUUAUGUAUUUGAUACAGUACAGUCCUAUUAAUAUAUUACACAUGGUUUAUCAGCAAGGCCAGUCAUUUACAAGGGAUUUCCAUUAUUCACUGUAGCCAGGGGUUUACUUUGCUUCUUCUUAGCUCUCAAAACAGCAUAUCUGUGGUGAAUCUGGGAAUAGAAUGUGCUUUAAAGCAUAUAAAGAUUUGAGAUACUACAGUAGCUUGUUUGCUAAUUAACCUACAUCAGAAAAACCACUCUCCCCUUACAAGUGCUUUGCUGACAUAAUAGUGAGUUCAUUUGCCAUAUUAACUGGGAAAUAAAAGGAAUAUUCAAGGUUAUUGUUGCAUUCUUUGUUAUGAGCUGUAAUCCUAAAUUGUCUAUAGGAAAUAUAAAUGACAUGGGUGUGGUCAGAUUGUUAGAUAUAAAUAAAAUACUGUUUUUCUCCA